AUGCCUCGACUCCUAAGAGAUGUCCUCUGUGUAAUUGAGACAUUCCACAAGUAUGCAAGGGAGGAUGGUGACGAGGCAACGCUGACCUGCAGAGAGCUGAAACAGCUCAUCCAGGGCGAGUUUGGGGACAUUCUUCAGCCACGUGCCAUUCAUGCUGUGGAGAGAAACUUGAAUCUUCUGGAUAUUGACAGAAAUUGCACCAUCAGUUUUGAUAAAUUUGUUCUUGCAAUCUUCAACUCGUUGAACUUCUGUUAUCUUGACAUACGAUCAUUACUAAAAUCAGAAUCAAGACAAGUGUCUAAACCAGAGGAUAAGCCAGAUGGUAUGGAUCUUCACGCAACCAGUGAAACUAGCCAGUGGACAGAGGGAACGCCACCAACUCAAGACAAAGUAUUUCCUUCAGGAAUAACACCAUCAGCUCAGCUCAGCCCUAAGAAAAGGGGAGCAGUUGGACACAAUAGGGUGGACCCACAGGGAGACACCAAGACUCACAAACUGCCUGUAGAAGCAUCUGGGCACAAUAACCUUGAGAACCAACACCUGGAAGGAGAUGAACAGAGCCAGGAAUUGGCCCAAGAUAUAUCAGCAACAGGAGACAGCAGGGCCCAACUUGAGACAAAUAAGCCAACGGUAGGAUCAGAACUGACCAGCAGUCCCACAAAGGGAGAGGGACAAGAUAAGAUUCCCAGGGAGGGAGAUAAACCAACCAGGAAACAAAGCGGCAGUAAGACAAGACAGCAGUUUGGAGAACAGAAAGGGAACUUGGAAACCCAAAGUUCCCUACCAGAAGAGACAACACAGAGGCCAUCUGAAGAUCAGGAAGUUGCAGCAGCAAAGGAUGUUAAGGAGCACUCUAAAACACAAGAACUUUUACUGCAAGGAAAAGAUGAGGCCAGUUCAGAGCAUGCUGACCUGCCAAAACAAGCUGCUGCCUGGAAAGCAUUUCAGACACAGAAAUCAACUGAUCCUGAGGGUGAUAGUAGAACAGCUGAGACUCAAGAACCAGGAAAGGGUGCUGACAGGACACCACCCGAGAAUGCAGCUGAACCUGAGGAUGAUGGUAGAAUAUCUGAGACCCAAGAACCACCAGCACAAGAAAAAGAACAUGAAACAAAGUACCUGCCAGUCCAAGCUGACAGCAGAAAUGUUUCAGAAACACCCAAUGUUAGAGCUGAGUGGAAAGAGAAGAGAGGCCCUGAGACCCAUGGGACAGCAGUACAGAAAGAAAGUGAGAGAAAAACUCAGCCACCAGUCCUGGAAGACCAAACUCAGGGUGGGAAGUAUCAGGAAUGCCAGGAAUCAUCAAAAGAAAGGGAUGCUGAAGAAGGUUCUAAGACACAAGAGUUAAGCUCAGGAGUACAUCAGAAUCAUCCCGAAAUUGAAGGAGCAAUCACCCUAGGAGAAGAGGCAAGACAUGCUGAGGGAGGCACAAUAGAAGCACUUAUGAGCAGCAAAAAUGCCCCUGCAGCAGAAGGGACACCAGAAGCAAGAGAAACAGCACAGGAGUUAGCACCACUUGAGAACCAGUCUGGAAAAGAAAAUAAGAGGGUCACCAAGACUCAUGACAAGCCCAUCAAGGAGGAUGAUGGAUACCAGGGGGAGGGCCCUCAGCCAACAGUCACAUAGAAUGAUGAGGGGUCUUCCAAAACCCCCAACAGCCUGACUCCAGAGGAUAGUGACAGCAGCUCAGAGACAAGUGACCUGCCUGUGCAAGGGGAUUCCCAGAGUCAAGUAGACCCACUCGGAGAAUCUGUGCAAGCAAGUCACAAUGAUAACCCAGAUACCCAGAAACAGGUAGCAUCAGGUCAGAAAAACAGAGCUCAGGAGGCAGUGGUACUGGCAGUCAGAGGAGAGGAUGAGCAGCUCACCGAGAAAUUGGAACAGCCCGCCGGAGAAGAGCACAAGAGUCAGGGCUCAGGGACCAAAGGCCCAGACCCAGCUGUGGAGCCCGACAGACACCCAGAGGCGCAAGAGUACACAGCAGGAGAUGAAAACAGAGAGUCCUUGGAGCCAGAGAUCCCAGGGGCCCUGGAUGCAGACUUCACUGACCAGCUUUCCGUAACACAGCUCCCUGCAAAGGAAGACAGUAGAAAAGAACUAAAGUUCCAGGGCCUAAGUACCAAAGAAGAGGAAGGUAGAGCACCAGAGACCCAGGAGGCUCUAGUAAAAAGUCUGAAUAAGGACAAUUCAGCCUCCUCCAAGACACACCUUGAGGAAACUGCAACAUUGGAAGAAAAGAAUGAAAGCCUCCAAGAGCUGGGAGGUGAAGGUGAUGACCAACCAAAUCCAGCCAAGAAAGGGCAUGAUUCUUCAGUCCCCCAAUCAGGCCUUGAAGAGAGGACACAGAACGACCAAGAGCCCUGUUCUGUGGAGAGGGGUGCAGUCUAUUCCAGUCCACUGUAUGAGUACCUGCAGGAGACAAUACUGCAGUAAACAGACAUAACCCAAGAGAAGCAUCAAAAUCAAGCUCAGACAGCCAGGGCAUGGAGCCCAGAGCUCUGUGACAACCAGUCAAAUGCAUCCCUCACCAAUGACAGACAAGCAUCACAACAAUACACCAGGGAACUUCUACCUGAUGAAGAUCCUACUAAUGCACAGCAAACACCAGCUCCCCAGGUCUUGGAAGAUAAGCAGCGCCACCCUGGGAAAGAGGAACCAGUACCACAAAGGGAGGCGAGCACCGGAAAGCGAUGA